AUGCUGGGUUCAACACUUGGCAUGUCCAAGAUUUACAACGAUAAUUCUGCUAUACAAAAAGCUGCUAUUCAGUCAUCACUCGAACUGAUCAAAGAAUCGAUUGAUGCACUCGAUAUUCCUCAAGUCAACAUCAUAGCUGAUUAUGGUUCAUCACAAGGAGUCAACUCAAUCUAUACAAUCAAGCAAAUUAUCGAUUAUCUUCGGCAAACAAACAAAUGUGUCAAAGAUCCACUCGUUAUUCACAAUGAUCUACCUACAAAUGAUUGGACAUCACUUUUUCAGCUUCUCGUCAAAGACAAUUCAUAUUAUGGAGUGGCCAGUGGUCACUCGUUUUAUGAACAAUGUCUUCCCAAUCAUUCUGUUGGAAUUGGUUAUUGCUCGACAUCAAUUCAUUGGUUAUCAAAGAAGCCAUGCAAUAUUUUGAAUCAUUGUCUUAUCAAUGCCGCUACAUGUCCAAAAGUAAAUGAAGAAUUUCGACAACAAGCAUAUCUUGAUUAUUGUCAGUUUUUGAAACAUCGAUCCUGUGAAUUAAUUAGUGGUGGUGUUCUUAUUCUAGUCGUGUUGGCCACUAAUAAAGAAGGUAAACGUGGGAAUGAAGAGUUUCAUAAUAGUCUCUACGAAUGCGCACAAUUGUUACCUUUCACAUCCAAUGAAUUAAUUGAUUAUACCAUCCCUGCGUAUUUUCGAUCUUAUGAUGAAUGUAUUGAUGAAAAGCUCUUCGCUCAAUAUUCGUUCGACUUGAUCAAAUCCCAAAAUGUGAUGAUGGAACCACCUUUCUUGAAAUCAUGGAAAGAGGAACAAAUAACCUUUGAUGAAUUCGCUCGUUUAAGUACGUCGUUUGUCCGCGGUUGGAGUGAAUCAAUUGUUGAACAAACGUUAACGAACAAUGGUCGAACACGAGCUGAUAUUCCUGGAUUAUUAAAUCAAUUCUGGAAUUUAUUUGAAGAAAAUCUUCGAAAGAAACCCGAUCUUGGGAAUAUUUCCUUCGAAUACGUACAAAUAGCUUUGAAAAAGAAAUGA